AUGAAUACAUUAACCAUCUUCGUUUCCUCUCUCGCAGUCUUGGCGUCUGCUUCCCGACCCCAAAGAGCUCUAAACUCACGCUCCUCCUCCUCGGGACCAGCUGCGGUCGACGCAACAUACGAUGGCUCAUGCUUCUAUCCCAAACCGACUGAAGACUUUGUGCUGCAAGACUAUCUGGGACGCUGGUAUCAGGCUGCGAGCACCACAUUCGGUCCCACGACGGGAUGUGAAUGUGUCUUUGCUGAUUACGCCUUGAAUGACAACGGCACAGUAAAUGUCAAGAAUGGAUGUGCUCGCAAUGGGACGGUUUCAGAAAUUCGAAUCGAGGGCACGGCGACUCCUUUCUUGCCAGAAGCUGGCUAUGGUGCUUCUGGUGUUCUUCAGGUCCAAUUUCCAGGCCAGCCACCGUCGUCUUGCCCGGGACCAAACUAUGUGGUACAAGAUAUUGGUGUCAACGCCGAUGAGGAUUGUCCCGGUCGAGAUUCUGCACUGGAUGAGAAUGCGUUUGCGAUUGUGCAGUCGACGAAUUUCACGACGCUGUUCUUGCUCAGUCGGAAUCAAAGCCCGUCGAAUGCGAGUAUUGAGGCUUGGCUCGAACGUGCGAGAAUGCUAGGCGCAAAGCUGGACAAUGUUGCACUCACAAAUCAGACGGGUUGCCAGUUUCCCCCAGAGGCUGCUUGAGCUUGAGCUUGCUUGCUUGAGUUAUAGCUUACUUCUAAUACUACUACUUGCACCAGCAGCAUAGUCAAUCUCGACAUUCAGCUUGUCAUCCAGAUGAGAUGCCCAAUAGCCAUCCCAGAUGCUGCCCGUCAGCUUUCCCACUUUCCCAUUGCCGACUUUCUUCCCGUCCAAUUCCGUAAUGGGCAUGACGCCUCCGGCCGUGGUACACAUGAAGAUCUCGUCGGCCUGAUAGACCAGCUCCACCGGCACCACCUCCACUCUCACCUCAAUCCCUUGUGCCUUUGCAACCUCCAUCACCGCCUUUCUCGUCACACCCUCCAACACGCCCCGAUCCGGCGUAUACAGCACACCAUUCUUAAUCACACAAAUAUUAUACCCCGACCCCUCGGUCAAAUUCCCAUCCCCAUCCGUCAAGAACGGAUACUCAGCUCCCCGAUCCGCCGCUUCCAGCAACCCUCGCGUAAAAUCUCCCCAUUGCAAAUUCUUCACCGUCGGAUCAAAUGCCCCCGGAGGAAUUCUUCGAACUGUCCUCGCUACAAUCGCUCUCCCUCCUCCACCCAUUUGCAUCUCUGGCGACAUGACCCAGACAUAGGGCGUAAUCCACAGAUAUAAAGUAUUCUGCAACUCUUCUGCUUUUUUCCCAAUGGCAGGAUUAUUACUCACGCGCUCCAUUCCCCUCGUCACCAUCAAACAUACAUAUGCAUCGCGAAUUCCCGAGAGCGAUAACAUUUCUGCGAUGAGAUUGGUGAUUUUCGGUCGAGAGAGGGGGAUGCGAUAGCGCAUUUUUUGACUCGAACGUUCGAUGCGGUCGAGGUGGUCGUUGAGUCGGAAGGUUCGUCCGUUCCAGACGCUGGCCACGUCGUAGGUCAUGUCUCCGCGCAUGAAGCCUUGGUCGAGUAUGGGGAUGCGGGCCGAGUGCAUGGGGACGAGGGAGGGGGAGGAGGAGGGAAUGUAGGCGAUGCC